CUUGCGAACCUGCGCGACACCUGUGGAACAUAUUCUGAUGCCCGCGUUCUACCUCCCUCCAGCACCUUCGCCUCGUCACCAAUGGCCGUUGCCCAAGGACAUCGAUCGGCAUCGGCCAAGCUGAAUGAAGCCAAGUUGCUUCUGGUUCAGGCGUGCUGCUCACAGCAUCUAGCACUCCGGCUUUUAAAUACCGUGGCGUGCCGAGGUCGUGUCACCGCUCCUCUGGUUACCUUGGAACUCUUGUGCUCGUGCGCUCGCUCACCAGGCAUCGUGUCGAGGAGGUAAAAACAGACAUCAUCAGCAAAGUCUCCGGGAACGAUCUGAAACUCCCGAGUAUGGCGACGGCGGCUGCUCCAGCAAUGUGCUCCGUUCCCGCACCGCCGGGCGCCACGCGGUGCCGGGCCUUCUCCCUCCCCGCUGAUCAGGACCAGCGCUGCUGCCCCGUGCAUCGCGUCCCCGGCGCGGCGCCGGGCCUCGCGCUCGCGGGGGCCAUCUCGAGCCGGUUCGGGGCGUCGGCGGCCGCGCACAAGGUGAAGCUGGUGGGGCCGGACGGGUCGGAGAGCGAGCUGGAGGUGCCCGAGGACACCUACAUCCUGGACGCCGCGGAGGGCGCCGGGCUGGAGCUGCCCUUCUCGUGCCGCGCCGGGUCGUGCUCGACGUGCGCGGGGAAGCUGGCGUCUGGGGAGGUGGACCAGUCGGAGGGCUCGUUCCUUGACGACGCGCAGAUGGCCGAGGGCUACGUGCUCACCUGCGUCGCCUACCCCAAGGCCGACUGCGUCAUCUACACCCACAAGGAGGAGGAGGUGCACUAGACUCUAGACAGAUUGGUGGUGGACUGGUCGGACUGCUGGUGCUGCGAGUCCUGUGGUAGUGCGUACGUGGUUGAACAUCUUAUGUUCAGAUCAGGGAUUAUGAGGUUCUUCAGUUGUACCUGUGUCAAUGAUCGGUGUGUUUGUUGAAAGUUACUAUGUACGCUAUCCGUUUAUACGUGAUCAUUGCAAGAUGGACGCAACUAAAGAAAGUUCAGAAUU